AGGCGGCGGAUCCCUUGGGCUCGGAGCUUCGGAGACCGGGUAUGACCUUCCGGGACUCAGGGUCGGUGGCUCUUGCUCCGCGCCAUGGCGUCGUCCCAGGGUCGGCGGCGAAGGCCGGGGACAGUGGUACCCGGGGAAGCGGCGGAGACCGACUCGGAGCUGUCUGCAUCCUCGUCCGAGGAGGAGCUAUACCUGGGUCCCUCGGGCCCGACGCGCGGCCGCCCCACGGGGCUGCGUGUGGCCGGGGAGGCGGCGGAGACCGACUCAGAGCCGGAGCCUGAGGCCACGGUCGCACCGGGAGACCUGCCCCCGCUCGUGGUGCAGCGCGAUGCGGUGGAGACGUGGGGCACCGAGGAGACCCCUGCCGUAGCGCCUGCGCGCUCGCUGCUGCAGCUCCGGUUGGCGGAGAGCCAGACGCGCCUGGACCACGACGUAGCGGCUGCGGUGAGCGGCGUGUACCGCCGUGCGGGUCGCGAUGUAGCCGCCCUGGCCGGGAGGCUGGCAGCUGCCCAGGCCAUUGGACUGGCGGCCGCCCACAGCGUGCGCCUAGCGCGCGGGGACCUCUCCGCGCUCGCCGAGCGCCUGGAUAUCGUGGCCGGCUGUCGUCUGCUGCCGGACAUACGAGGGGUGCCGGGCAUCGAGCCUGAGCAGGACCCGGGACCGAGAGCCUAGGCUUCACUCUGUGUCUCCCACCUGACUCGGUCCCUUGGUGCACAUUCGUACCACCUGUGGCAUCUGACUCAGUCUUUGUUCUUUGAUCACCGAGGGCUCCAAUGCGUGGUAGCGUUUGGUAAAUGCGGACAGAAGCCGAAUCCCAGCAUCUUCAUUGGUUUGGCCGGAUUAAAUUCUUAGCACAGUUCUGGGAUCCUCAACCCAAGACUCGGCCCAGGUUCUGUGGAUAUCAAGUGGCUUAGUCCCCACCCCUUCAUUCUGGUCCUGUUUCCUAAAUUCAGCGUUACUGUUAGUCAAGACAGGGGUUUGCUUUCUUUUGUUGAAUCUCUCUGAGUCUAGGCUUGGGCGGAGGGGUAUCCCUUUAGGUUACAUCCCUAAAUGAUGAUAAUCACUUCUGAUCCGAGGAUACCUUCCUCUUACACACAGACCGCUGAGGCCAGAGGCAGACCUACCUAGGCCCGAAUAGUAACCCUCUCAGGCCUUUGGGUCUCGGGCAGCGCCCCCUGGUGUUUUGAUCGCUAUAGGACAUGACUCCACAACAAACCUACCACCUACAGUGUCUGGAUGCUAAAAGGACUUGGAUUUCUGACCUCUGGGGGCACCGAGGAUAACAGGUUCUUCUUGCUUCUUUGCUUCUUGGCUUUUUCAUCUUUUGACCACUCCUUUUGUCUUCGUCUUAAUGAGGAUUCUCUGGCCUUAUGUGGAAGGAAGCUUGGGUGGGUGAGACUAGCUCAGUGGUAUUGUGCACUCUUCGAGUGGGCAGCCCUGCUCCAAAAGAAACAAAGAAACUAACACAUUCUCAGAUGUCUCUUCCCCUUUAAAAACUUACCCCACCCCUAAUUCUGGCUAUCAGCUGAUAUGCUAUUUUGUUUUUAAAUCAACUAGUCAAGGUUUUUAUUGAAAAUUAGGGGUGGGGGUUGGGGAUUUAGGUCAGUGAUACAGCUCUUGCCUCAGCUCAAAAAAAAAAAAAAAAAGGACUAAACAAAAAAGACCCCUCCCCUCCUCAAAAACAAAACAAAACACAUAACUGGUGCAUGUCAGGCAGUGGUGGCACACACUUCAGUCCCAGCACUUGGGAGGCAGAGGCAGGCAGAUCUGAGUUUGAGGCCAGCCUGGUCUACAGAGUGAGUUCCAGAACAGCCAUUGCUACAGAGAGAUGUGUGUGCAUGUGUGUGUGUGUGUGUGUGUGUGUGUGUGUGUGUGUGUUUGCAGGUGUGCCUGUGUGUUCAGGGUUGUCUGUGUGUGUAAGCAGGUGUGCUCACAAAUGAAAGGGCCUGUAUGUGACAGAGGUGAAGUACAAGACUGUCCUCUAAGCCCUGUCCUCUCCAGAAGCUCUGCUGUGCCACUGGCAAAAGACCACCACAGAUGGGCUUGUUGACCUUUGAGUCUCCUAGAAGAAGGGGGAUGAGGAUGCUGUGCCACCUCGCCUGAGGGUCCAGCCACUCUUUCCCAAGCAAUUGUUUACAACUCUGCUCUAACUCUCCUGUGUCAGGGACCGGGUAGAUGUAUGCAGCCCAGGAAAGGACUAGGGACGAGCUCCAUGUAUGCAUGUAAGUUAUACCUACUGUGUGCAGAUCUCCCAGUGGGACUGCUCCUGCUUGUAACCCCUCACCCUCGCUCUGUAACUAAGCCUAAUAAACUCUCUGGUUCCCCAGGAUAAACUGAUGGAGGGCUAGAGAGAUGGCUCAGCGGUCAAGAGCACUGGCUGCUCUUCCAGAGGUCCUGAGUUCAAUUCCCAGCAACCACAUGGUGGCUCACAACCAUCUGUAAUGAGGUCUGAUGCCUUCUUCUGGUGUGUCUGAAGACAGCUACAGUGUACUCAUAUACAUAAAUAAUUAAAAAGAAUUUGAUGGACC